AGAUGAACUAGACACACGUGUUUUUAUUUGAUAUUUAUUUCAUUCGCUACAAUUUGCCUCAUUGUGAAGUUUGUAACUACAGGAGGGAUUUGCCAUGGAUGAUGUUAUAAUUGAAGAUAUGGAGUGGUCUGGUGAAUCGAGACCAUCAGUGAGCUACGAACACAGACAUCACCUGUAUCACCCAACGCGACAGACGACCACAAGCCUCGAACGGAAAAUACGACACAGUCGAGAACAUCCUCCACAUUCGCUGCCACGUCUCAGCAUAGUAUUACCACAGAGCAUAAGUUCUAGUGUCGAAAUACCUGUUCCUAAGCGGCCACAACUGUCACAUGGAGAUGAAUCAAUGACCGUGGUGCUAUCAGCGUUUUAUGCAAAACUAUUAAUAGUGUUGGGAUUAGCGUUGCCUAUGACUAGUACCAUUCAGAAUGAGCUCUAUACCAACAUAACAUCUGAUGUAUUUACCAUGUAUUUGUACGUUAUUAGCAUGAUUUUUCUUACCUAUACUUUUUAUCACCUUCGUGUUGCAAAAUAUGGAAAAGCUGACAAUAAAAGACGGAUACGAUACGGCAGCUUUUAUUUACACAUGGGAGUGGCAGGCUUCAGUGUGGGCUCUAUCAUCUACUCCUGUCUCCAAUUCGGCGAAUACUUCGACCUCUCCGGAGACUGCCAGCUGAUCAUCGUCGCCUUGAAGCCAGCCUUGAGGAUACUCUUUAUGGUCGCACAGACCGUUUUUAUAUUCUCCUAUACUGAUAUAUUGGACCCAAUGCGAGGCGUAGUUCUCGAUAGGUUCGGCCUAAUGCAUUUAAUUGCUACCAACGUUUGUGAAUGGCUCAACGUAGUGAUUCAGGAAACAAGAGACGAUAUAGUGGCGGUUGCUUACGACCGGCCUGGCUUACUCCGAUACACAAACAUGACAGGCCCCUCUAAAAUGGUCAUAAAUGGUGAAAUGCUAAACGACACGUCAGUGGAACAGUUAUUCAGUGAUAGCAAUCAAAGCUUUAUUGACGGAAACAUAACGGUUAAAAUAGAAGCUUGGAGUUGCAACGUGUCUGACAUGAUCACGCCGCUGAUACGAUCCAUGAAUCCUUACCUGAGGCUUUGUGGAGUGGAAUACAGCUUGCUGUGCUCCAUAAUAAUUGCUGUUAUUUGGAAUGAUAUUUGUACUGUUCCCGGAUUAAAAUCUACAAAAUCUUCAUCGGUUGAUAUUCCAAAAGAAGAAAAACAGUGUUGUGGUCGGGUGAAGUCAAAUUCCCACUUCUCUGUUGAUUGUGGUAACGCUAACAAGGGCUUGUUUAUGGGUGUCGCUGUAUUAGCUGGCACGAUUGUCAGUCUCAUGUUAUUCAACGGAUUGUUCCAGAAAGAAAAUCAUGUGGAAUUGGCUUUACUGCAAAUAAACGUAUGGGAAACAAUACUGUUUGUACUAAUGACGGUAUGUUCGGGCGCUUGUUUGCAUCGUAUGCGCUUGCUGUCUUUGCGCCGGAUGUCGACUGCCAUGCCAUUGGAGCAUGCCUUGCUUCUGAUCACACAGUGUGGCGUCUACCUGUACUAUCUCUUUCAAAUCAUCGGUGCGGGGUUCACUCUCCACCGGUAUCCCGAAGGAAGGCGUGCAACGAGGAUUAUAUCACCUCUAUGUGCUGUGGUGCAAAGUUCAUGCCAAACUCUUCUAGUCCUAGAUGCGUGGUCACGGCGAUGUGUCAACAACCGUGAACGGCCUGGUCGUCAAUUGAUCACCUUUCUUCUCGUUGGCAACUUUGCUCUUUGGUUGCUGAAUCGGGUUAAGAACGCGCGAGCAGAAUUCCAUCCUUUACAGAUGGAGUUUUAUGGUGUUUGGGCUUGGACCCUCAUUACCCACGUCUCAGUACCGUUGCUGGUGUGUUACAGGUUCCAAGCUACUGUAUGUUUUUAUGAAAUAUGGAAAAAUUCAUAUAAAAGAAGAAAAGAGUUAGCAGAUGAAGAAGAUAUAGAAUUAAAGAAUCACAGUGCUUAU